AUGAGGCCGCGCCCCGACGGUGCGCCCCGCGCCGGGGCCGCGCUGCCGCCCGUGCUGCUGCUGCUGCUGCCGCCGCUGCUGGGCGCCUCGCCGGGCCCGGCGCCCGCCCCGGCCCCCGCCCCGGCCCCCGCCCCGACGCCCACCCGCGCCCCGCAGGACGGCGCGCCGGGCACCGCACGCGUGAAGCGAGGCUGGGUGUGGAACCAGUUCUUCGUGGUGGAAGAGUACACGGGCACGGAGCCCCUCUACGUGGGCAAGAUCCACUCGGACUCCGACGAGGGUGACGGGGCCAUCAAGUACACCAUCUCCGGCGAGGGCGCCGGGACCAUCUUCCUGAUCGACGAGCUGACGGGCGACAUCCACGCCAUGGAGCGCCUGGACCGGGAGCAGAAAACCUUCUACACGCUGCGGGCCCAGGCUCGAGACCGCGCCACCGACCGGCUGCUGGAGCCCGAGUCGGAGUUCAUCAUCAAGGUGCAGGACAUCAACGACAGCGAGCCGCGCUUCCUGCACGGCCCCUACAUCGGCAGCGUGGCGGAGCUCUCGCCCACAGGCACGUCAGUGAUGCAGGUGAUAGCCUCGGAUGCGGACGACCCCACCUACGGCAGCAGCGCCCGCCUGGUGUACAGCGUGCUGGACGGCGAGCACCACUUCACCGUGGACCCCAAGACCGGCGUGAUCCGCACCGCCGUGCCGGACCUGGACCGCGAGAGCCAGGAGCGCUACGAGGUGGUGAUCCAGGCCACAGACAUGGCGGGCCAGCUGGGCGGCCUCUCGGGCUCCACCACCGUCACCAUUGUGGUCACCGACGUCAACGACAAUCCGCCCCGCUUCCCCCAGAAGAUGUACCAGUUCAGCAUCCAGGAGUCCGCCCCUGUCGGCACAGCCGUGGGGCGCGUGAAGGCCGAGGACUCGGACGUGGGCGAGAAUACGGACAUGACCUACCAUCUCAAGGAGGAGAGCGGCAGCGGCGGGGAUGCAUUCAAGGUCACCACGGACAGCGACACGCAGGAAGCCGUCCUCCUAGUGCAGAAGCGCCUGGACUUCGAGUCGCAGCCCGUGCACACAGUGGUGCUGGAGGCCCUCAACAAGUUCGUGGACCCACGCUUCGCGGACCUGGGCACCUUCCGCGACCAGGCGAUCGUGCGUGUGGCCGUGACGGACGUGGACGAGCCCCCCGAGUUCCGGCCGCCCUCCCGCCUCCUGGAGGUGCAGGAGGACGCGCAGGUGGGCUCCCUGGUCGGCGUGGUGACGGCGCGGGACCCCGACGCCGCCAACCGGCCCGUCCGGUAUGCCAUUGACCGAGACUCGGAUUUGGACCAGAUCUUCGACAUCGAUGAGGACACGGGAGCCAUCGUGACGGGCAAGGGGCUGGACCGGGAGACGGCUGGCUGGCACAACAUCACAGUGCUGGCCAUGGAGGCAGACAACCACGCUCAGCUGUCCCGAGCAUCCCUGCGGAUCCGGAUCCUGGAUGUGAACGACAACCCCCCGGAGCUGGCCACGCCCUAUGAGGCCGCAGUGUGCGAGGAUGCCAAGCCAGGCCAGCUCAUCCAGACCAUCAGCGUGGUGGACAGAGACGAGCCGCAGGGUGGACACCGCUUCUAUUUCCGCCUGGUGCCCGAGGCACCCAGCAACCCUCAUUUCUCUCUGCUGGACAUCCAGGACAACACGGCCGCGGUGCACACACAGCAUGUGGGCUUCAACCGGCAGGAGCAGGACGUCUUCUUCCUGCCCAUCCUCGUGGUGGACAGCGGGCCGCCCACGCUGAGCAGUACGGGCACGCUCACCAUCCGCAUCUGCGGCUGUGACGGCUCUGGCACCAUCCAGUCCUGUAACACCACGGCCUUCGUCAUGGCAGCCUCCCUCAGCCCCGGAGCCCUCAUCGCUCUCUUGGUCUGUGUCCUCAUCCUGGUUGUGCUGGUGCUGCUGAUCCUCACCCUCCGGCGCCACCACAAGAGCCACCUGAGCGCCGAGGAGGACGAGGACAUGCGGGACAACGUCAUCAAGUACAACGACGAGGGCGGCGGCGAGCAGGACACGGAGGCCUACGACAUGUCGGCGCUGCGGAGCCUGUACGACUUCGGGGAGCCGCAGGGCGGCGCGGCGGGGAGCCCCCCGCGGGGCCCGGCGCCGGGCGGGCCGCCCUCCGCGCGCCUGGCGCUGCCGCAGGGCCCGCCGCGCCCCGAGCCGGACUUCGCGGCGUUCAGGGACUUCAUCGGCCGCAAGGUGGCGCUGGCGGACGCGGACCCCGCCGUGCCGCCCUACGACGCCUUCCAGACCUACGCGCUGGAGGGCGCGGGCUCGCCCGCCGCCUCGCUCAGCUCGCUGCACAGCUCGCCGCGCAGCGGCUCCUCCGCCUCCGAGCAGGACUUCGCCUAUCUCCGCGGCUGGGGCCCGCGGUUCGGGGCCCUGGCGGCGCUCUACGCCGGCCACCUCCGCGCCGACGCCGAGGCGGCCGCCUCCUAG